AAUGUCUCAGAGGAAUCUUGAUUAUUAGGAUCUUUACUGGACUGAUGAUGCAGUGUGAUUCAAGUCUUCUCAGAUCACAAGAUAAAAGAAUACAAGAGGAGAAUAUAAUCCUUACAUGACUGAACCUCGGGCUCAAACCAGGCACCUAGGCAUUCCUCAAUAAGCUUUCAUUAUGAAGGACCGUCUGGAGGAGUUGCGUCUGCAAAUAAAAGCCAACCAGGGACGCUUGGAAGAGAACAAAUUUACCAGCCAAGAUGAGGAAGAGGAACCAGCAACAUCUGAUAACUUCCAGGCAGUACUGUUUGAGACCGAGCCCGUGGUGGAAAACUUCCUAGAGGAGGCCCAGAAUGUUCGUGAGAGCAUUGAAGAGCUGGAGGCUGAGGUAAAGAAGUUCAGUCAGCAACAGAAAACCUUGUUGGCUACCAUGCGACGACUUAGUGUCAUGAAAAAGGAAAGCAGCAUCACUCGGGACAUCAAGCUGCAAGCUGAGAGUGUGCGUAAAAAGCUGGAUGCCCUCUCAAAACAAGCAAAACUUACUGAAGCUGAACUAGGCCUGUCAGCUGCCACAGCCCGGAUCCAGCACACCCAGCAUGACGAACUCUUCCGCCAGUUCCAGCAGGUUAUGCGCCAGUACAAUGACUCACUUCUGUGUAAGCAGGGCAAGUGCAAGCAGUUCAUUAUCAGACAGCUGGAGGUAUAUGGUCAUGAGGUGUCCGAAGAAGAAGUGGAUAAAAUGAUGGAGCAGGGAAAGUGGGAUGUUUUCAACGAGAACAUCCUAACGGAUGUCAAGAUCACUCGCACACAGUUAUCUGAGAUAGAGCAGCGCCACAAAGAACUGCUCACACUGGAGAGCAACAUGAAGGACAUGAAAGACAUGUUUUUGGAUGUGUUCAUGCUUGUAGAAGAACAAGGCGCUCAAAUUAACAAUAUCCAAGCCAUUGUAGAGAAGACUCAAGACUAUGUAACAGUCUCUAAUGAGAAAUUUAAAAUGGCCUCUAGGUAUAAGAAAAAGAACCCUUUAAGAAGACUCUUCUGUUGCUGCUGCCCAUGCAAAUGAUGAUAUGCCAGGGUACAACAUAAGGAGCUGAGAAAAGAGGACAGUAAAAUCUAUGAAGCCACAGAAACUACUUUUAGACAAUGCCACAGCAACAUGACGUCAGAACUGUUGAUGUCUAGUUUAUGGACUGAUACAGUAUAUGGCCAAAAGUUGUGGACAUUAUUUAAAUUAACGGGUUGGUAAGUUAAGCCACAUCCAUUUGCAACAGAUUCAAAACAUCAAUCAUUGAGCCAUGCAAUUUCCGUAAACAACCAGUGUAGGUAUGGGUCAUGCCCUGCUGUUAAACUGGAAACUGGAAUCUAGGCACUUAGCUGUAAAGUGGUAGGCCACAAAAUCUCGCAGGACACAACCUGUCUGAAUGCAAAGUACCAACAAAUUGUGGUGAAAAAGUAAUAAUGGUUUGGUUCUGUCUUUAAAGGAUUGGGCUGAGCCCAGUAUUACCAGCCAAUGACCAGUUUGUUGAGGAAAAAAACUUGACCGGCAGGUACAAAGACUUGAACUAAAUCUAAUCCAACACAGUUGGAUCUAAUCUUACAAAAUGUUUAUCUGUAUAUGUUUAACUAUAUAUGAAUGUUCACAUUUUUGUGCCAUGUAUAUGAAGCUGCAAAUCACUUUAUAAUAUGUAUAUUUAUCUUCAUAUAAUCUUAUUUAUUUAUGAGAGAUCUAUUUUAUUUUUGCAAUUAUAUUUUUGUUGUAUAUAUACACAUUUUAGAUGAAAAAACACUGCACUUUUUAUCUAUCUUUUUGUAAGUUGUACACUACAUAUACAUGCACACUUUGUGGGGCAAAUAGAGCAAAAUGUUUUACCAAAUGCCAUGUUGCACCGUUUUUGCUGUAAAUAAAAAAAAAAAUGUUUUAUUACUAUUACAGUGUGGAUAUGGAAAAAUAAA